GUCCCCGUUGGCGCGUGCGCAGUGUCCGCCUCACGGAGAAGCAGUUUGUUUUUUUCGUUAGCUGAUUCGAGCCGAGCGGGGCGUACUCCCUUCUCCUCGCUCUCCUCUCCCGGCGAUGUGGCCGCGCAUGGCGGCAGCGGCGGCGGCGGCAGCAGCAACAGCAGUCGUGGCUCCGGCUCUCGCGUGGGGUUGACCGGCUAGCACUUCUGGCGCGCACCAAGAUGGCGUGUGUGUUGGAGACGCCGCUCCGCAUGAGUGUCUUGUCGGAAGUCACGGCUAGCAGUCGCCACUAUGUUGACAGAUUAUUUGAUCCUGAUCCCCAAAAUGUCCUGCAGGGUGUCAUAGAUAUGAAAAAUGCUGUAAUUGGAAACAACAAACAAAAAGCCAACUUGAUUGUUUUGGGAGCAGUUCCAAGGUUGCUAUACUUGCUUCAGCAAGAAACCUCCAGCACUGAGCUGAAAACUGAAUGUGCAGUGGUGCUAGGAAGCCUUGCAAUGGGUACAGAAAACAAUGUUAAAUCUCUUCUGGACUGCCAUAUCAUACCAGCCUUAUUACAAGGGUUACUGUCACCAGAUCUUAAAUUUAUUGAAGCUUGCCUCAGAUGUCUUCGCACCCUUUUUACCAGCCCUGUAACUCCUGAAGAACUAUUGUACACGGAUGCUACAGUUAUUCCCCACCUCAUGGCACUGCUCAGUAGGUCUCGAUAUACUCAAGAAUACAUAUGUCAGAUCUUCUCACAUUGCUGCAAACUCCGACACUGGCAUAGCUGCGGCUUUAAAUCCUCGCCUCAGCCACUUCUAUGUGCCAAUGGUCCAGACCAUCAGACAGUCCUGUUUAACCAUGGAGCAGUGCAGAAUAUUGCUCACCUGUUAACUUCUACAUCUUAUAAAGUUCGAAUGCAAGCACUGAAAUGCUUUGCAGUUCUAGCCUUUGAAAACCCCCAGGUAUCAUUGACUCUCGUAAAUGUGUUGGUUGAUGGAGAACUAUUACCACAGAUUUUUGUGAAGAUGUUACAAAGAGACAAGCCUAUUGAAAUGCAGCUCACAUCAGCCAAAUGCCUUACUUACAUGUGCAGAGCUGGAGCAAUUCGCACUGAUGAUACCUGCAUUGUGUUAAAGACACUACCAUGUUUGGCCCGGAUGUGUAGUAAGGAGAGGCUACUAGAGGAGAGAGUAGAUGGAGCAGAAACUCUUGCCUAUUUGAUUGAAGCAGAUAUUGAGCUACAAAGAAUCGCCAGUAUUACUGACCACCUUAUUGCAAUGCUUGCUGACUACUUCAAAUAUCCAAGUUCAGUGAGUGCCAUCACUGAUAUAAAAAGGCUUGAUCAUGACCUAAAGCAUGCUCAUGAACUGCGCCAGGCUGCAUUCAAGCUCUAUGCUGCACUUGGAGCGAAUGAUGAAGAUAUAAGAAAGAAGAUAAUUGAAACUGAAAAUAUGAUGGAUCGGAUUGUGAAUGGCUUGUCUGAAUCUAGCAUCAAGGUGCGCUUAGCUGCAGUCAGAUGUUUGCACAGUUUGUCACGAUCCGUGCAGCAGCUCCGAACUAGUUUCCAAGACCAUGCUGUAUGGAAACCUUUAAUGAAGGUUUUACAGAAUGCUCCAGAUGAAAUCUUAGUGGUAGCAUCUUCCACUCUAUGCAAUCUUCUCUUGGAAUUUUCUCCAAGCAAAGAGCCUAUUUUAGAAUCAGGAGCCAUAGAACUUCUCUGUAGUUUAACCCAGAGCGACAAUCUUGCCUUGAGGGUGAAUGGAGUUUGGGCUUUAAUGAAUAUGGCAUUUCAAGCAGAACAGAAGAUCAAAGCAGACAUCUUACGAGGCUUGAGUACAGAGCAAUUAUUCCAGUUACUCUCCGAUUCUGAUGUAAAUGUACUAAUGAAGACAUUGGGACUACUUAGAAAUCUUUUGUCUACUCGCCCGCACAUAGAUCAGAUAAUAAGUACUCAUGGGAAGCAAAUCAUGCAAGCAGUGACCCUCAUUUUGGAAGGAGAGCACAACGUAGAAGUCAAAGAACAGACGUUAUGUAUACUUGCCAACAUAGCAGAUGGAACAACAGCUAAAGAACUUAUUAUGACAAAUGAUGACAUCUUGCAAAAAAUAAAAUAUUACAUGAGUCAUUCGAAUGCUAAACUUCAGCUGGCUGCCAUGUUUUGUGUAUCUAAUCUUAUAUGGAAUGAAGAAGAAGGUUCCCAAGACCGUCAGGAUAAACUCAGAGAUAUUGGAAUAGUAGAUAUUCUACACAAAUUGAGUCAGUCAGCAGAUCCAAAUCUUUGUGAUAAGGCAAAGACAGCACUCCAGCAGUACCUAGCAUGAUCAAAGACAAGUCGAACUGUCCGUACAACUCUCAAAGCUAUAUAAUAAGGAAUAACGGGAAAUAGCCGCACCUAAUUCCUUAUCUUUUGCACAAGGCACCUUGGGCUGCAUUUCUCUCAGGUGCAGGGAGCUGCUUGGCAGGAGCAGUUUAAGUGAUCAGGUCUCCAAUGCACUUGAGGACUUUUUUGAGGUAGUUCCUUUACUCAGAGGACUCUUCUGGGAUUAAUUUCCUGAGCUACCUGAACUCUACUAGAACAAUCAGUCAUCUUUUUUCCUUUGGGCCUACAAUUUUCUGCUUAUACCACAGCCAGUUGUGGCUGUGUCUGGGUGGGUGUGAUACCUCAGAGCUUUUGUUUUCCUUUUUGUGUUUUUUCUACAGAUUUUCAAGGGUUAACCAUUCUUUGCUGUAUGAAAACUUUAAAGAAUUAUAUACGAUUUGAAUUGAAAUGUUAUUUAAAAAGUUUUGUCCCAUGAAGUUUAUUUUGAUCAGAUGAAUGUUUUUAAGUAAAAUAUAUGCAUUUGUUAAACCUCAGCUUAAUGUACCUGUACUUCCUCUUUUGAAACAAAAUGAAGUGACAUCUAGAUGACUGGUAGCACAUGUAAUGUGACUAACGCUAGCCUCCUACUGCCAUGUGUUACUAGCGCCAGCUCCCUGAACUUGGGAAAGCAAAAUUCAGAGAACCCAAGGUGGAGCCUUAAGUACACUUGAUACCAAGGUUGAAUUUGUGGAAAUCAUACCUGCUGGGUUACCCAGCAAGAAAAAUACAGUCCCCGUGCCAGUGCCAUUGCUGCCUCAGAGAAAUUACACUUGUUAAAAAAGCUCUGCGUUGUUCUUAGAUGACUUGAAGCUGUGAUGGUAGAUUGAUUAAAGUAAAAAACAACAACUGGCGGCUGCUGUUUGAAACCGUGCAGUGAUGAACGUGAGAGGACAACCCCACAGAAGAUCUGGGUGAAAAACAGACACCAAAUCUUUUUACUUUUUUAUUUUUCCAGAAGUGCAUGAUGAUGGGACAAAACGCUUCCUCCAGCAAAAGUACAAAAUGAUUAGUAGGAUGUUUUCAAUUCUGCAAAAAUGCUUACUAUCUUUUUCAGGCCUCUUGGUUCACCAGUAAGUUUUCUGUGGGCUCAGUCCAAAGUUGUUCAUGUCAAGGGACAAGAGAACCAGUCAGAGGCUAAUCUCAUUUCACUCACCAGCUUUGGUUAUCCCAAACUUUUAUUUAUAAUUAAUAACUAGGCACAUCACAUUUAUAGUCAAAGCAAAGGUUAGAGUUUGGGCUUCUGGCUGGGAAGGUUAAUAAACUGAAAGGAGGCUACAAAACAACACCAGAAUUUUUAUAUAAGUCUUUAAUGUAUUGCUUUACUCUGAAAGGCAAGUAAUAGUGAUUUCAGGGAUAGUAGUAAGUGAUGCCAUUUCUCAGUGUCAUUGCUACAAGCUUGUUGGGGUUGGACUUCUGCAGGUCUGCACGGUGUGUGCCUACCUGCCAAUUAGUACCUCAGAAAUAAAGCCUUAUUUAAGUCAUUAACGUGAUUGUAGCCUUAAUAAUACUGAGAAAAAUCACUUCCUUGUCUGGUUUGUCCAAAGCCACUCCUUAGAAAUAAAGGGGUGGGAAGAAGGGAAGGCUCCCUUAGCCUGGCUGCUGCUUUUGCACUCUGGAUUAUUAUUACACCUGCACUUCCGAUAUUGCUGUCAUGCCUCCAUCACUCAUAUGCAUAUCCAUUUACUUUGAAAUAUAGAUAUGCCUAAAACUGUGUUGAAUACAGCUGAGAUGUGCAAAUUUUCAUCUUCACACUUGAAGGUUGCUUUUUAAUAGUGUGGCCCGAUAUGUGCGAGAAGGAUAUAAACUAUGCUAAGACAAUCUGGGUAAUGUUGGGGAAAGGUGGGUGAAAUAUUAGGAUGGUAGGUGAUAAUGAAGUGGCAUUUUGCACUCAGUGAAGCAUUGUGAAUACUUUUUUGAUGUUGCUAUAAAUAUGUACAAAUAGAAAACACUGUAAAUAAAAAAUGACCUUUUACUGGAGAACAUAUUUAAAAUGA